CAGAUAUAUAUUCCAUAUUGCGUAGAAACAACGUGUGCUUUUUCAUAAUUGAGAAAUGAUUACUAUAAGAAUAGGUGAAGCUUUAAUUCUAGCAAGGUACCAAUAAGCAUACACUUUGGUCACCUUGGGGUUUUAUUGAAAGCAUUUGCCAUUUUUCAAUUGAACUGAAUCAAGAUGAACUAUGGUAGAAACAAGUAUGAUCAAGGAGGCUAUUAUCCACCAGCUGGAUCCUAUUCCUAUCCACCUCAAGGAUGCUAUCCCCCACAAUCUACAUAUCCACCUCAAGGAGGUUAUUAUCCACAACAAUAUCCACCAAAUGCAGGAGGAGGGUAUCCACCUUCUGGUUAUCCUCAUCAUCAACCAUCUUAUCAUGCACCACAUGGUUAUCCUUCAGGACAUGGUGCUGGUAUAGGAGGACUGUUUGCAGGAGGGGUGGCUGCAUACGGUUCUCACCAUCUGUCACAUGGACAUGGAGGUUAUCAUCAUGGUCAUGGGAAGUUUAAGCAUGGGAAAUUUGGCAAACAUGGAAAAUUCGGCAAGCAUGGAAAAUUCGGCAAGGGAUGGAAGUGAUGCAGAGGCGAAUAUAUUAAAUAUCCAACUUUGAGCAUGAUCAUCAAUGCUGAAUUAUUAGAUGAAUAAUGUAUGCUAAUUUUAUCUUGAUAAUAAUAAUGUAUGCUAAUUGUUAUUAGCAACAUACUAAGUUUCAAUUGGAUGUUUGCAAUGAACAUUUUCAUUUGGUAUUACUAUCUUUUUAUUUGAAUGUGUGUGGAUGUUCGAUGUAUGUAUAUGAAAGCCCUCAACUUUAUUUAGGGUCUAUUUGGAUUG